AUGCAUGCUGGUGUCCUUUCCCCAGGCUGCCCUCGCACCUUGGUGUGUCGCCUCACCAACAUCUCCUCGGUGCCCGUGACCUUCAGCCUCUGCAUUCCCAGGGAUGGCUCAGGAGAGCUCAGCACUUCCAGUCUUGCUCAGAUCUCAGACAACACUCACCCAUCCUGUAGAAAAGGAGCCCAAGGCCGUGUCAAGCCAACCGAGUUCUCCAUCAGGCCUCGUAGAGGGACCAUCUUCCCCCAGGGAUCCCUGGCUCUCCAGGUCUCCCUGUGUUCCACCACAGUAAGGACGUACGAGCUGGCGCUGGCGCUGGCGCUGGACGUGGAUGGUGUUGGCAGCAGGCGCACGGUGCGGGGCAGGGGGGCUGGAGCCGACUGGCUGGGCCUGAAGGAUGAGGAUUGGUGUGAGUGGGAGCCGCUGCCUGCAGUGAAGGGCAGCCCUGCCGUGAGCCGCCCCAGCCCUGCCCCGGCCGCACGGCCUGGCCCCGCCAGCCACGUCCCGGCUGCAGAGGAGGCAGCGGCUAAAGCGGCCCCGCUGGAGGAGGAGGACUGGCUGAUCGCUGCCUUGGCUCGCAAGAAAGCCCAAGCGCAGGCCAAGGCCCAGGAGAGGAAUGCCGAGGCCUCGGAGGCCCCAGGGGAAAGGCUGCAUCCCCGUCCUGCUGUCAGCCAUCCAGCCGCCUCCACAGGAGCCCCACAGCAGGCAGCUGCCCUGCAGGACACAGCCAGUGCAGACAGCUCUGGGCAGCCGGUGCCCUGGCUCAGCACCACGAAAGGAGCCUCAACUCAGGCGUCGGAGGCUGAGAAGGAGGAUCCCUCCGGAGACACCAGCGCCCUGGCCUCUACAGCCUUAUUGCCAGGAGAGCAGGAGGUGCAGGGCCCUGUCCCACUUGCUCAGGUUCCCACGCCCAGGACACGUCUCCAGGCUGCCCCACAGCUGCAGGCAGAGUCCUCAGGCCUGGGCUUGCUGCAUGAGAGGAGGCCGGGGCAUGGCACUGCCCAGCUCUAUGAGGAUGCAUCAGGCUGCCGGGCAGCUCUGGUCAGCGCCCAGGCCCGUGUGGCAGAGCUGGAGAGCCAGGUCCAGAUGCUGGAGGUGGAGCGGACGCAGCAGAGGCUGUUGCUGGAGAGUCUCCAGCAGCAGCACCAGAAGAACCUGGAUCUUCUCGAGAGCCCCUACAGGCGGCAAAUGAAGGUGUUGGAGGAGAGCCACGGGCGGCAGGAGGAGAGGCUGCGGCAGGAGCUGGAGCAGCUGAGGGCUCAGCUGCUGUCGCAGAGCCAGGACGCGGAGCAGGCGCAGGCAGAGCUGCGGGCACAGCACCAGCAGCAGCUGGCAGCACUGGAGCAGCAGCACACGCUGGAGGUGAAGCGGCUGCAAGAGCUGCAGAGGACGUCCAUCCAGGAGCUGCGCCAGGACUACGACGAGCAGCUGCGGCGGCUGCAGCGGCUGAAGGAUCAGGAGGUGGAUGCGGUGACCAGCGCCACGUCACACACCAGGUCUCUGAACGGCGUCAUCGAGCGGAUGGAGAAGUUCUCCAGUGAUCUGCAUGAGCUCUGGCACAAGGUGGAGGCCAAGCACCACAGCACCUCCCAGGAGCUGGCCACGUGGGCACAGCAGCUCAGGGUGCUCCAAGACAGGAUGUUGCAGCAGCAGAAGGACAUGGAGGAGGAACAGAGACGACACCAGGACGUGAUUGCUAAAGUGGAGGCCAGGCUGAGCAAGCAGUCUCAGCAGCUGGAGCAGGAGCGCUGCAGGGCGCUGGCGGAGCAGUGCCAAGUGGGAUCUCUGCAGCGCUCGCUGGAGGAGCGGCAGCAAGUCCUGAGCCAGCAGCUCUCCAAGGAGCGAGCAGAGCUGAGAGGGCCAAGCACUUUUCUGGCGGAGCAGCAGUUGGCGGUGCAGAAGUGCUCAGAGGAGUACCAGAAGCUGGCGACUGAGUGGGCUGAGCUUCGUGCCCAGCAGCAGCAGAGCAGGGUGAGGAUGGAACUGGACAGGCACAUGGGCUCCCAGGGAGAGGGCACCGUCAGCAGCCUGGCCAAAGAGCUGGCAGAGCUGAAAGCCAAGGAGGAGCAGCUGGAGAAGGCCAGAGAGCUGCAGGAUAAGGCCUGGCAGAAGCUGAGGCUGGAGAAGGAGAGGGUGAAGGUGGCUGCGCAGCGCGUCCGGCAGCAGGAGGAGAAGGUGCAGAGCAGGGCCAAGCUCUCAUCCCAGAAGGACAAGAGGGGGCAGCGAGUGCUGCAGAAGGCUUGCAGGGGGGAGUGUGAGCACCCAAGGAGGCUGCAGGCCAUGCAGCAGCGCUUGAAGCAGCUGAGGCAGCAGGAACAGCACCUGCAGGAGGAGUGGCUGAGCACGGCUCUGAAGAGGAGACAGCUAGAAGAGCGAUGUGAGGAGCUGCCCAACAACUCCAUGAUGCUGCUGACUGCAGACCAGGACCUCGGUGCCCCUGUGAACGGCCUCUCCAGCACACUGUUUCCCCUGACGACAGCGGCACCACAGAGCUGGGGUCUUGUUGCAGAGCCUCCAGCUCCUGUCAGGGUGCUCCCUCAGCACAGCCCUGGGGCUGGCAGGGACACCCUGGCCACAGCCAGCGGCACCGAGCUCAUUGACGCCACGCUGCUGCUGCUGAAGUUCAGGGCCCAGCAGGACCUGAUGGUUCAUCCCUCUCCUCACACCAUCCCUGACUGGGAGAAGCCAUCUCUGCUGGACUCUGGCUUUGUGAUGUGCCAGUCCCCUCCCUUCAGCCCCCUGCUUCCCUGCUGGGGCUUUCUCCAGGCUGGGCUGCUCUUUCAGGCUGCUUCUGUAGGAUUCGGGGACCAUGGUUUCUUAGAGAAUGAGGAGUUCUACCUGGAGAGUCUGACAAAAUCAUCCUAUCACACAUCAGCUCGGUCACGAGGAUGGUGGUCAGCACAUCUCACACCAGCAAAACUGCAGCCACGUCUCCACCAAUUGGUGACAAAGAAACCCAAGCUUUCUUAGGCAUUGUGGGCUUUUGGAGGCUGCACAUUCCCAACUGCUGUAAAUCCUCUCUGUCGAGUCACCUGGAAGAAAAACGAUGUCAAAUGGGGCUCUGAACAACGACAAGGCUUUCAACAAAUUAAACGAGAGGCUGCUCAGGUGGUGUCCCUUGGGCCAGUCUGAACAGGACCAGAUGUGACAAACAUGCUCUGCACUGCAGCUGGAGAGAAUGGCCCUACCUGGAGCCUCUGGCUAGAAGCACGUGGGGAGGCUGGAGGCUGAGCCCUGGGGUUCUUGAGUCAGGGAUGCAGAGGAUCCGAGGCCCGGUGCACUCCCACCAAGAAGGGGAGACUGGCAGCAGAUGAAGGAGUUUGAGCUGCCUCAGAAGGAAUUGGCAU